UUAAAAUAUAUACUUAAAAUUAAGAAGAACUCUCUAUACAAUUAUCUAACAUGACGAUGACGGAAGAUCCGAACGAACUGAGCCUGUUUUUGCACUGGGGUCCAAUCACGGCUCUGAUCGUGACGCUGACCGUGACGCUGACCACCUGGAAAUGGUGGCCGCCGGAGGUAAACUUUUCGACGAGCGCGCACUUUGCGCUAUUUGUGCUGCUGAAUCUGUUGGCCGUGUACAAUUAUGUGAUGGCCGUGCUGACGGGUCCGGGUCUAUUGCCGCGCCGCUGGCAGCCGGUGCACUACAGGGAAACGAAGUUUCUGCAAUAUUGCCAGAAGUGCGAGGGAUAUAAGGCGCCGCGUACGCAUCAUUGUCGCCGCUGCGAUCGUUGCGUAAAGAAAAUGGAUCAUCAUUGCCCCUGGAUCAAUCGCUGUGUGGGCUGGGCCAAUCAGGCCUACUUCGUCUACUUUUUGUUCUUUUACGCGCUGUGCAAUCUGCAUGCCGCCGUGGUGCUUGCCUGCGGUGGGAUUCGCUUCUUCUACAGCAGCUAUCAUCAGGCGCAGCUCUUUCACAAUGGCAGCCUGACGCGUCUGGUGCACUAUCAUUUCUUCAGUCUGUUUAUGUGCAUCAUGAGCUUCGGCCUGGCCCUGGGCAUUGUGCUGUGCAUGAUCAAGUUGCUCUUCAUUCAGUUGUCGAGCAUUUUGAAGAACAUGACCGACAUUGAGCAUUGGAUUGUGCAGAAGGCGAAAUCGCGCCGGUAUAUGCACAAACUAAAGCCGUUUGUGUUUCCCUACGACCUGGGCUGGUACGCGAAUCUGGGCCAGGUGUUCAACAUUGAGUCACAGCUGCGCAGCCGGGGCAUUGACUGGCCGCUGCGCAAGGGCUGCGAUCAGUAUGCGCUCACCUGUGAGCAGCUCGCCCAGAAGGCCGACAAGCGCAAUCGCACGCGCACCUACAAAUGCAUUACGCCGGCAACUGGGCACUGGCUGCCCAUCUGGUCGCAGGGUCUGAUGGUUACACUGGGCGCACCCUGCACGGACGAUCCGCGCAUUAGUCUGCAGCCGGAUGAUCUGGUACGCGUUACACGCAUACGCGACUAUUGGCUCUUUGGCGAGCGUGUCGUUGACAAGGAUCAGGGCGGCGGCAAGGUGGAUGAGCGCAAGGGUCCCAUUCGCGGCUGGUUUCCCAGUCGCUGCGCUGUGGACAUCACGCACAACCAGGCCUCGAAUGGCAGCGGCGAUCACUGCGCGGCAAAUGUGCCAAAUACCACAGAAACUAAACGUCGCGUUGGCAAAAAGGGAAAGUUUGGCAAGAGAAACCAGGAUUAGUUAUAAUAACUGAUCCGCACUUUUAAACUAGCUUACAAAAUUUAAGCAUUGGUCUUUUCAUACACAAGCGCUUGUCCUCGGUUUUGUGAAAUACAUAGUUGCUCGUCAGUUAAAAAUCGUUUCAUAUUGAAA